CACGCGCGCACGUCCGCGCCCAUCGCGCCCCAGCUCCUCGCCGCGGGCUACGACAGCGACGACGACGUCGACGAGGAGUGGCGCCUCGAGCGCGCGGAGCAGCUCCUCGAGGAGUUCGAGGACGUCACGCCCCAGGAGAAGGCCUUCAUGAAGCUCUGGAACCGCUGGGUCUUCCGCAACCCCAUCCAGGCCGACCGCACCGUGCCCCGCGCCGUCAACGCCUUCGCCGCCGACCUCGCGUCCCAGCUCGUCCGCCAGAACCUCCGCCACAACCUCCUCCUCCACCUCCUCCACCUCUGGGACAACUCCCUCCUCUCCGCGCAGAACAUCACGGACUGCAUGGCCAUCGUCGACGACAAGGCCGCGCAGCAGCUGGCGGCGGAGGGGGCGUAA